AUGUCCACGGUGGCUUCAGUACGGCUCCCGGCUAUUCAACACCCUUCAUCAAGACUCGGAGAUCCAGAGCUCAUCUCUCUCCGGGGUUAUUCCACAGACGGCGGCAGAGAUCAGAGAUGCUGGAUUCCUCAGAGAGGAACCGGACCUCGGUCUCCAGGGACGGAGAGCCUGGACUCUGCUUUUCGCAGCGAGAGCAGAAGAAGUGAUGUCAGUUCUCUGCUGGAGAAAGGAAAAAGAGGAUUAGAUAUUCCAGAGAAUAUCCCCGAGGGAGACGAGGUCAUCCUCGACCAGGAUAAAUCCAAACUACCUGCCUUCCGUCACAAGGCAGCAUCAGAGAAUCGCUCCAUAAGUAGAGUCUCUCAUACAACAUACUCCAGCACUGGGCCAUGGAUGACGGAUCAAACUGAUCAGGUGGAAGAUGAGCUAAAAGAGCGCAUUCAAAAUACAGGAGCUCUGGCACUCAAAAUCCUGUUCAAAAACAACCACCCUGAUGGCAAACCUCUGGUCAACAGAUCUGCAUUACUUGAGAUCCUUACAAAUUUCCUGAGGAGGCCUGUCACAGCUAAACAGCUGAAAAAACUUCUAUUUCGUCUGCACCUCUCUGACCGAGUGCUUAUCAGUUUUGAGGAGUUUUAUGGUGCCCUGAAAGACCCAGACUCCAAUAAAAGUAACCACGUGGGUCUUCUUACGAUUCCUCAGACAAUGGCCCUGCUGAGAGGACCUGCAUGCAGCAGGUUUCUGGAGAGUAUAGAGGUUUUGCGCAAGUCAGACAGUCUUACUGAAAGUUGGAUUUCUGCCCCAGAGUUCAGAAAUAUUCUCAACAAACUCAAACUUCACCUGAAAGAUAAUGAUUUUGAAAAAUUAUGGAAAAGGUUAGAUGUGGAUGGACUUGGAGCAGUUAAACAGACAAUUUUUCUAAAGAAAUUGGGAUUGAGCAGAAGGAUUGAACCAAACAAUGAGAAAAACUAUCACACUUGCAUUACCCCAAAACCUGAGGACACAAAAGCUCCUGGUAGGACACUCUCUAAAGCAGAAGAGGAGCGCCACACAUAUAUCGCCAUAGAGACUUGGCUGAAGGAGAGAUUCAGGGAAGGAGCUCAGAGGAUGAAAGCAGAGUUUGAUAAACUGGAUCCUGAGAACAGUGGAAAGGUGAGGGCUGCAGACUUUCUGCAGGUGUUGAGGAAGUUUGACCUGCAUCUGAAGAGAGAGCACCUGGCUCUGUUUCUGUCUCAGUGUGGUCUGAAGCUGAAAAAGGGUUGUGUACAGUACUUGAACUUCCUGCGCACCUUCCAGGACAGAAGUUCAGAUGGCAUCACUCACAAGAUAAUCUCCAAUCCAAAACACCGGUUUCAUUCUAAUGAGAACAUCAGUGGUGCUUCCUCUCUAAGUGCCAUAGAGGUCAAAUUAACUCGCCUGUUUCAGUCAGAGUACCUCUCUCUCCUCCAGACCUUUCAGAACAUUGACAAGCUUAAUAAAGGGACUAUUAGUAAAGAAGAAUUCAGAGCUGCUAUGGAGAGCAGGUUUGGCCUGGAGAUUUCCGACCCUCAGUUUGAGCAGCUGCUGGACAGGCUCCCUCUUGACCGCCACGGAAAUGUGCAGUACCCGAUCUUCAUGGCAGCUUUUGACACCAGGAAAGGAGUUCCCAGCCUCUUCCAGGCAGCCGCCCAGCCUGUCUUGAACCAUGAUUCAGGUGAGGAGAAGGGCUCAGAGGAGGAUCGGAGUGACCAUGAGCUGUUUAGUCUGGUGAAGAGUUUGGUGGCAAAUCGUUACAGAGAUGUGCUGAGAGAGUUUGAAGAACUGGAUGAGAAAAACACCAGACGUCUCACUCAGGAGGAGAUGUACCAGUUACUUAAAAGGUUAGAGCUCCAUCCUGAGGUAACUCGUGGAGAAGUCCGGAGGUUGUGGUCCUCUUUGUUCACUCAGCAGGAUGGAACUGUGGACUUUCAACAGUUUAUACGUCACUUUGGCCCGUCGCCCAAAUCCUGCUGUUACCCCAAUGCCAAGCACAAUCCCCCCAAACGUGGAGACAAUGACUUCAUGCGCCUCUCCAAAACACUCAACUGCGUCUCAGAUAUACUCGUGGAUGCUCUACGGGCCAAGGUGGAGUUGUCUGUUUCUGAGCUCUGGACUGAGUUCUCUGAAAUGGAUUUUUCUGGAACAGGUUUUGUUAGCAGUGAUGAAUUUAAAGAGAUCCUUAUGAGUCUCUGUGUUCAUCUCAGCCAGUAUGAGUGUGAUCUACUGGCCAGGAAGUUUGACAUCAACCAUGAUGGCAGCGUAUCCUACAUGGAAUUCCUCAAGCCUUUUCUAUCCCAGAGUCAAAUAUGGAAGCAUGGAUCCAAUAUGGCAGCUGCUCUGCAGACUCCCAGAGACCCUAAAGAAAUUUCCACCCUGGAAACAUUAAGUCGCAGGAUCAAGAAAAAGCUCCAGCGUAAGGCUAGGGCUCUUAGCAAGGCCUGUGCCCGGCUGGAUGGCUCCAGCACUGGGCUUCUGUCUGCAGCUGAGCUGGGUGCUGUGCUACAGCUGUUUGGAGUGUGUCAGAGCCAAGAAGAGCUGAGGAGUGUGUUCUCUACCCUUCACACACACCCGUCUGGACUCCUAGACUACCGCCCGCUCCUAAUGGACAAACACGGGACAUCCAGUCACCAGCAGGCCAAACACCAGCUCAGCCAAAGGAGUCAAUAGGUCAGAGGUUUCAAACAAAUGAUG